AUGACUCGGGGAUCGGCUCCGCCUGGCUCUGAGGUGCUGAGGCCUGAAGGCCAGUCCCUGACAGAGGCGCGAGGACGACGACUGCGGACGGAUGGACGCUCCGACCGACCCCGAGAGGUAAGGACAGCCGGGGGCGCCCCGAGUGCCCUUGGGCAAGGCACCGCCUUCUCCGGGCCUCAACUGAGAACCAUCCCAUUUUCAACAGAUGAUUGCCCUUUUUCAUUGAGUAGUUUGUUUUUUGUACGACCAGAUGAAGCCGAAGAGUAUACUGAUGAUAAAAGCCCGUCCUAUUGGUUUCUUCCACCUGCUCCACUGAUUUCUGAAAUUCCAGAUACUCAAGUAUUACAAGAAGAAUUAGAAGGAUUUAAAGUAUUAGGUAAAUUUUUACAUGUUUCUUUAAAAAGAAAGAGAACAUCCAGGAGGCAACAUCACCAGAUCGAAGAGUCCGUGGUAGGAACUGUGGGGCUUUCAGGACCCGACAGUGGUGUAGUAAUGCGUCAUGGGAGUGAUAGAGGGCCCUCAGAUUUUUUGAGUAAGAAGGUGACAUUCGUGGGCUUGGACUUCAGGAGCAUCCCUGAUGGUGGUGGGCUUGGUGAUGGGCUAGACGUGAGAGGGAAGAAGAGUCCAGGAUGUGUGAGCCUGGCGGCCUGGCAGGGCAUUGCCCUCACAGUAAUGAGGCAGGAGUUGGGGCUGAGAGACUGGAGGUCGCCGGAGACUCAGGACAAUUGCCAGCAUCAUGGUCCCCAUUUAAGAAGGGUGUCCAGCUCAGCUGCGUCUCCCUCUUUAGGCUGCACAUGGGCUUUCCAGAGGCCUAAGCAGGAACCUUCCUCUCCUCCUCUCAACUUCUUUUCAGAGUAUAAGCUCAUUCAGGAGCAAACAAAGAAUAAGGAAUUGUUUACCUCACAUUUGAACACUUCUAAUGAAACUACAAAUUUCAUGUCACCAACACAUGAAUUAGAGUUUGACUUUUACUCCAACAAAAGCAAAGAAAUGAAGCCAAACCUAGGAAUGACAGAUAUGGACAAUUUACUAGCUGGGCCUGCCAAGUUGACUUAUGGUUCUAUAGCUCAGAACCGAAAUCACAUCAGGGCUGUAGAGCCAAGUGAAACCAUUGUUUCAGAAAAUCUUAAAACUAAGAUGAACGAAGAGGACUUAUGGAAAAAUUGUUUUAGUAAGCAGAAGACACCAUAUCCAGAUGUUAAUCUCUUUACUACAAAGGAAGCUCUUUUUGCUUCUGAUCUUGGAGAAGGCAUUUUUGAAGCACAAAAUUCAACAAAUACUUCAGAGGCUUUUGGUAUUCAAGGGUCAGCAGAAAAAGAUUUUGAUUACUUGAAGUCUGUUACAGAAAUCCCUGUACAAUUUAGAAGCAUUUUCAAAGAAUUUCCAUAUUUCAACUAUAUACAAUCCCAGGCUUUGGAUGAUCUUCUUUAUACAGAUAGAAAUUUUGUGGUUUGUGCUCCAACUGGUUCUGGGAAGACUGUAAUCUUUGAACUUGCUAUAACAAGAUUAUUAAUGGAAGUUCCACUACCAUGGUUGAAUAUUAAAAUUGUUUAUAUGGCACCAAUAAAAGCUUUGUGUAGUCAGCGCUUUGAUGACUGGGAAAAAAAAUUUGGACCCAUAGGAUUGACUUGUAAAGAACUUACUGGAGAUACAGCCAUGGAUGACCUGUUUGAGAUUCAACAUGCCCAUAUUAUUAUGACAACCCCAGAAAAAUGGGAUAGCAUGACAAGGAAAUGGAGAGACAACUCAUUAGUCCAGUUGGUACGGCUCUUCCUCAUUGAUGAGGUACAUGUUGUGAAAGAUGAAAAUCGUGGUCCAACUCUUGAAGUUGUGGUCAGUCGAAUGAAAACAGUAUCUUCUUUAUCUCAAAUCUCAGAAAAUUCCAAGGCUGCUAUUCUGGUGAGAUUUGUGGCUGUCUCUGCAACCAUUCCAAAUGCAGAAGAUAUUGCUGAGUGGCUUUCAGAUGGCAAGAGGCCUGCUAAGUGCUUGAAAAUAGAUGAGAAUCAUAGGCCAGUGAAACUCCGCAAAAUUGUCCUUGGGUUUCCAUGGAGUAGUAAUCAAACUGAGUUUAAGUUUGAUUUAUCUCUCAAUUACAAAAUUGCUGGUAUCAUACAGACUUACUCCAACCAGAAACCAACUCUUGUGUUUUGUGCCACAAGGAAAGGGGUGCAGCAAGCAGCUUCAGUUCUCUCAAAAAAUGCUAAAUUUGUCAUGACAAUGGAACAGAAACAAAGGUUACAAAAGUAUACACAUUCCAUAAGAGAUUUCAAACUGAGAGAUCUCUUAACAUGUGGCGUUGGUUACCAUCAUGCUGGUAUGGAGCUAUCAGAUAGAAAAAUUGUUGAGGGAGCAUUUACUGUUGGAGACUUACCAGUCCUUUUUACAACCAGUACUUUAGCUAUGGGAGUGAAUUUGCCAGCCCAUCUAGUAGUUAUAAAAUCUACAAUGCACUAUGUUGGAGGAAUGUUUGAAGAGUACAGUGAAACAGAUAUUCUGCAAAUGAUCGGUAGGGCUGGUCGUCCUCAAUUUGACACUACGGCUACUGCAGUUAUCAUGACUAGGUUAAGUACAAGGGAGAAAUAUAUGCAGAUGCUAACUGGCACCGAUACCAUUGAGAGCAGUUUGCACAGGCACCUAAUUGAACAUUUAAAUGCAGAAAUAGUACUGUAUACCAUCACAGAUGUCAAUGUAGCUUUGGAAUGGAUACGUUCAACCUUGCUUUACAUCAGAGCCUUGAAAAAUCCAGCUUAUUAUGAUUUUUCCUCUGGAUUGGAUAAAAAGGGAAUUGAAUCAAAAUUACAAGAAUUGUGUUUGAAGAAUUUGAAUGAUUUAUCUUCUGUUGACUUGAUAAAGAUGGAUGAAGGUGUUAAUUUCAAAUCAACUGAAGCAGGAAGAUUAAUGGCAUGGUAUUAUAUUACAUUUGAGACAGUGAAGAAAUUUUCUACAAUUAAGGGAACAGAAACUUUAUCGGAACUGGUCACGAUGAUAGCCAGCUGUAAAGAAUUUCUAGAUAUACAGUUAAGAGUAAAUGAAAAGAAAACACUGAACACUUUAAAUAAAGACCCAAACAAGAUAUCUAUCAGGUUUCCAAUGGAAGGAAGAAUAAAAACAAGAGAGAUGAAAGUUAACUGUCUCAUUCAGGCUCACCUGGGAUGCCUUCCUCUCCAGGACUUCACUUUGACACAAGACACGGCUAAGAUUUUCAGAAGUGGCACGAGGAUUACAAAAUGGUUGUCAGAGUAUCUGGCUGCACAAGAAAAGAAGUUUGCAGUCUUAUUGAAUAGCUUGAUUUUAGCUAAAUGCUUUCGGGCUAAAGUUUGGGAAAAUUCCCAGCAUGUAUCCAAGCAGCUGGAAAAAAUCGGUGUUUCACUGUCAAAUGCAAUGGUAAAUGCAGGUCUGACUUCCUUUAAGAAAAUAGAAGAUAUCAAUGCUAGAGAACUUGAGUUGAUUUUAAAUAGACAUCCUCCUUUUGGAAACCAAAUCAAAGAAACAGUGAUACAUCUACCAAAAUAUGAACUUGAAGUUGAACAGAUUUCAAGAUAUAGUAACACAGUAGCUGAAAUCUUAGUGACAGUCUUCCUAAGAAACUUCGAACAGCUUCAGAUCAAAAGAACAGCACCAGAUUUUCACUACGUGACAUUGUUAAUAGGAAAUGCAGAUAACCAAGUGGUUUUUAAACAUAAACUUAUGGAUUCUGUUUUACUAAAAACUGGAAGUUGGAUUAAAAAAAUUGAUGUUAAAAGAGCAUUUCAAUCUGAAGAACUUAGCAUUAAUCUAAUUAGUUCUGAAUAUGUGGGACUUGAUAUUCAACAGAAGUUUACAGCCUUUUACUUAGGGCCCAACAAAACUGAAAAUGAAAUGAUUAUGCAGAAGAAUUUAGAAACAGAGACACAUUCAAGAUAUUCAGAUAGCUCUGAAAGCAGAGAUGAUGGUGCAGGAAGCACCUGCAACAGAAAGAAUUUUUGCAAAAUAGCUGGAAACAGAGACUGCCACCAUCACUGUAAAAAUAAAGAUACAUGUGGACAUGAUUGCUGUAAAAUUGGAGUUGCACAAAAGUCAGAAAUGAGAGAGUCAAUAUUUUCCUCCUAUCUAACUGAUUUAAGACACAGGGAUGCCACUUCAUCUAUUCCCCCAGUUAAACGCCUCAAGAUGCAGAUAAAUAAAUCUCAAAAUGUGGAUCUUAAGAAAUUUCGUUUUACUCCAAAAGCUUUGCUUCCAGUUUUUCCAAGGUCAAAAUGUACACAAACUUCUGCCUCCUCUUCACUGAAAAAAUGGGAUUCUCCUGAAGUCUGUGAAAAAUCCCAGCAACAACAGCAAUCAGCUCAUCAUGGAGAAAAGGAUUCUUUGAAUGUGAACUUUGAAUUGGGAGAUGAAGUUUGGGAUGAUUUCAGUGAUGAAAAAUUACUAAAUGCAAGUAGCUUCUUAACCCACAUGGAGAACAGAAGAACUUCAGGAAACACUUUGCUUCCAAGUGCCAUGGGAUAUAUGCCGCCACUCGGAAAGACAAUGAACAAAUUUCAAAGGGAAACUUCAAAUAGGCAAGUUUUAGAACCUUUAAUAGGACUUUUUACAAUUUUAUUUCCUUAUGAAAUGAAAUUUAAAAUGGAAAAAGAAAUACCAGAUUGUAUAGCUCAUGCUAUGAUGUUGUACUGUUUAAUCUAAAGCAUAUUGAUUUUAGAGCACUUAGGAAAAAAUAAGGCUUCAUUACUCCGUGUUGCCAUGAGAAAGUGGUAGCUGUGGCAGCAGAGGAAAUAAAAGCGUUCCCUUUGUUCAGGAACUGAUUUUCCAGUUCAUUAUCAACAUUAUGCCUGGCUGCAUUUUAAUUGUGAUAGUAAUAAUAUUUUAUUAAUUUUAUGAGGGACUCAUCAAUACUUGCGUUCCCUUAUCUGAUAUAAAUGGCAAUUUGCAUCAGUCAUUAAGCAUUUAAGGGCCUGUUAUGUGCCAGCCACUAUACUAGUCACUGGGAAAUACAAAGACAAAAAUAAAAUAUUUCUGUCCUCAAGGAACUUAUGUUUUAUCAGGGGAAACAACGUGUACAGAUAUAAGCAUAUACAACACAUGAUUCAGAUUCUCUGUCUUAAUAUGGAAUGGAAAGCACUUACUAUAUUCUGAAAACUGGCAAUAUGAACAGAAAAGUGAGACAAUUUCUGCUCUAAAGGACAUUCUGAUUGGAGGAGACGGCGUAGCGCAGGUGAGGGAUGGUGGUGUUGGCAGUGGGCCUGACUGGCUGGUGUCCUUGGGCAUCGACCAGAUUCAGGUUCUGUAGUAGAACAAAAAGAAGCACUUCUGGGUCAUUCAACAGCUAACCAAAAGGGAGGUUUGCUUAGCUAUAGCAUCAAGCCUGGGCACAUGUGGCCCAUCUCAUCUUCAUGGUGAAGUCCAUCUGUUCAGCAGUGUAAAGCGGGGGUCUCAUACAUGUUCUCAGGACAGUGGCCAAGCCUGAAGGACCUUGACUCCCCAUGGCAGGGGGGAAGGCCCAGGAAGUUGCAUCAAAGGAGGAAUGAGCUGAAUUUUGACAUCAUCCCUUCCACACUACUCUGAGGCUAGUCAAGGCCUGGGAAUGGCUUUGUUCUUCUUCAGGAGAAAACUAGCUGGCCCAUGUUUGGGAGGAAGAGGGUGGGAUUUGGGAAUUCUGACAGUCAUUGGUCCUGUUUAAGAUGGCAAAGACCAACCAGUUAGCUGGCACAUAAAGCCCAAUCAAAGCCAAAUUUGCCUUUUGCCAGCAGAGUUUUCUAGGCCACAGUCCUUUCCUUAGCACGGGAGAGAAUUCUCUGGAGAAGAAUUUUAUCUUAUUCACAUUCCUAUACAACUUUCCAUUUAUCAUUCUUCUUUCCUCACCAUGGGCCCGUGAAAAGGGCAGAUCAUAAAGUUCUUGUUUUGCUUAUGAGCAAAGUCAGAUUCUGAGAAAUUUUACCACUGUGAAAAUAAUUGCAAAUGUAAUUUUAAAAAAAUACUAUUAAUUAAAAAUUAAAACAAACA